GAAGAUAAUUCAUGAAAUCAUUGUACAGCAUUAUAAACAAUAAGAUUUGUCAGAAAUAUAUCAAACUGUCCGCUUGAAAUUUAGUUCAUACACAGGACUUUCAUAUUUGGUCACAUGGACUGAGUUUUUUUAAAAUAGAAUCGCAAAAUAAGCAAAACGAAGCCAAGUUGAUUUGGAUUUUAACAAUAGCGAAUUAUCAUACAACAAAAAUGCUUCCAACCUCAUCCCAAGCYUCUUUUCCUUCUUUUUUGACACCGUUUUGAUGAAUAAAGUAMAAAGURAGUUUAUAUUAUUUUGUAUUUUUAGAUAUUUCUUUUUUCGCUCUAUGUUUCUGUCUGAAUUUUUUCGCUUUCAUUUUUGUUAUGAUGGAUCGAGUUAUGUGCGAUUUUUKGCYAUCUGCGAUAUAUCUGAACAGCGGCUUAUCGCGCGCGCAAUUAUGACGUCACAAUCGACUAUUACUUCAUUAGCUGUAAAGAGAUUUUCCUGUCGACGGCCGGUAAGUUUGCUCUUGAUCGAAAAAUAGUUGUUUUUGCCAAAAUCGUUAAAUCUAAAUCUUUCACAGGCUAUAAAACUAUUUCAAGCUAAAAAGACUUCAAGUUUGCUCUCAGAUUGUUCACACAACCAAUUAGAAAUGUCCAAUCGAAGAAGGCAAAAUUUACGUUAUCGACCAGAUCCCGUCAUGCAAAUGGAGAUCGUCAAUCUGCAAAAUUUAGUUCAAAAUCUGGACGAAGACCUUCAGUUGAUGAGGAAGCAAUAUAGCAACAUGAGUCAGUUUUUCUCCAAACGUGAGCAGGAACUGUUGAACCAAAUCGAGGAAAUGAGAAAAGUUCAUCAGGCAGAAAAAGCACAACUCCUGGCUCAGCUUAAAGGAAAAAAUGAUGACAUUCAGUGUUUGAAUACACAGCAUCAACAUGUUAUAUACAGCUACGAAGAAAUAAUUUCUCGAAAUUUGGAAAAGCUACAAGAGACAGAAAGGCAAUUGGCUGAUAUGAUUAUAAGAGAAACAGUUAAAGAUAUCAUUACUGCUGUUUUCGAGCAAGGAAGAAAAGUKUAUGAGAACAUUGAAGACUCCUUCAGUCUCAUCAGUUAUUUCUGGAGGGACCAUUAAUGAACUACCGACCGACCAUUUGGACGAGACAGCAUGGAGUUGAUUCAGUAAUUAUUUAUUAAUUUUUUAACAAAUGUAAUCUAUUUACUUUUUUGAGUUGAUAUAUGAUAAAAUAUAUUGAAUAAACAUGA